UCAAAUCAAAUUGUCUCUCCCCAAGUUAAUAAAUUCCGCCAAAGUGCCAGCUACUUCUUCCCCCUGUCUCUUACCCUCAAAAGAAUAAAAAAAGAAGGCUUUCCAAAAACCCAACCUCAAAAUCAAAAUCCAAACUUCACCCUUUAAAGUAUGCAAACAAAAGCACCAUUCUCAAAAGCUCAUUGCUUUGAGCAACAUAGAUAGAAUGGUGGUAUUAUGUUGAGAAACAACAACAACAUCAUCAUCAUCAUGUUGCGGGUUGGGAGCAUUUUUUUCAUACUAUUUCUGUUGGUUUCUUCAUGGGUUUGUUCUGUUAUGUCCACUGUCUCAUAUGAUAGAAAAGCUAUCAUUGUUAAUGGGAAGAGGAGGAUUCUCAUCUCUGGCUCCAUUCAUUACCCAAGAAGCACUCCUGAGAUGUGGCCUGAUCUUAUAGCAAAGGCCAAAGAUGGAGGUUUGGAUGUUAUUCAGACCUAUGUCUUCUGGAAUGGCCAUGAACCUUCUCCUGGAAAUUAUUAUUUUGAGGACAGAUAUGACUUGGUCAAGUUCAUUAAGCUGGUUCAACAAGCCGGCCUUUACCUUCAUCUCAGAAUUGGUCCCUAUGUUUGUGCUGAAUGGAACUUUGGGGGAUUUCCUGUGUGGCUGAAAUAUGUUCCUGGCAUUGAAUUUAGAACAGAUAAUGGGCCUUUCAAGGCUGCAAUGCAAAAAUUCACCGAGAAGAUAGUGAGCAUGAUGAAGGCAGAAAACUUGUUUGAAACUCAAGGAGGUCCAAUAAUUCUGUCUCAGAUUGAGAAUGAAUUUGGACCUGUUGAGUGGGAAAUUGGAGCUCCUGGUAAGGCAUACACCAAAUGGGCUGCGCAAAUGGCAGUGGGACUUGACACAGGAGUCCCAUGGGUGAUGUGCAAGCAAGAUGAUGCCCCAGACCCGGUGAUAAACACCUGCAAUUACUGGUACUGUGAAAAUUUUCAACCAAACCAAAAAUACAAACCAAAAAUGUGGACAGAAAACUGGACUGGCUGGUAUACGGAGUUCGGAGGUGCCAUUCCUAAUAGACCAGCUGAGGACUUGGCAUUUUCAGUUGCAAGAUUUAUACAGAAUGGUGGUUCAUUUGUUAAUUAUUAUAUGUACCAUGGAGGAACCAAUUUUGGUCGGACUGCUGGUGGUCCCUUUAUUGCUACCAGUUAUGACUAUGAUGCUCCUAUUGAUGAAUAUGGGCUACUAAGGGAACCAAAGUAUGGACAUUUAAGAGACUUGCAUAAAGCUAUUAAAUUAUGUGAACCAGCUUUAGUUUCUGCUGAUCCCACUGUUACACCACUUGGAAACAAUCAAGAGGCUCAUGUUUUCAAGUCAGAUUUGGGGGCAUGUGCCACUUUUCUUGCAAACUAUGAUACAAAAUCCUCAGCAACAGUUACCUUUGGUAAUACAGAGUAUGACCUACCACCAUGGUCCAUCAGCAUUCUUCCCGACUGCAAAACUGCAGUUUUCAAUACUGCCAGGCUUGGUGCCCAAAGCUCACAGAAGAAUAUGGUACCUGUGAACAGUGAAUUCUCUUGGCAAUCAUACAAUGAAGGGAGCCCCUCUGCUGAUGAUGAUGGCACUUUUGCAAAUCAAGGGCUAUGGGAACAGAUAAAUGUUACCAGAGAUGCUACAGAUUACUUGUGGUACAUGACAGAUGUAAACAUAAAUCCUAAUGAAGCCUUCCUGAAUAAUGGACAAGAUCCUCUGCUUAUCAUUUGGUCAGCAGGUCAUGCUUUACAUGUCUUCAUUAAUGGUCAACUAUCAGGGACCGUGUAUGGUGGAUUGGAAAAUCCAAAAUUGACAUUUAGCCAAAAUAUUCAGUUGAGAGCUGGCGUUAACAAGCUGUCUUUGUUAAGUAUUGCAGUUGGACUCCCGAAUGUUGGCACUCAUUUUGACACAUGGAAUGCUGGGGUUCUAGGCCCUGUAACAUUGAAGGGUCUGAAUGAGGGGACAAGAGAUUUAUCUGGGCAGAAAUGGUCUUACAAGAUCGGUCUUGCAGGUGAAGCUUUAAACCUUCAUACAGUUAGUGGAAGCUCUUCUGUUGAAUGGGUAGAUGGAUCACUUUUGGCCAAGAAACAACCUUUGACUUGGUACAAGACUACCUUCAGUGCACCAGAAGGAGAUGACCCAUUAGCUUUAGAUAUGAGUAGCAUGGGAAAAGGUCAGAUAUGGAUAAAUGGACAAAGCAUUGGACGCCAUUGGCCUGGAUACAUAGCGCAUGGUAAUUGUGGUGCUUGUAACUAUGCUGGAAGGUAUGAUGACAAGAAAUGCCAGACUGGCUGUGGAGAACCUUCCCAAAGAUGGUACCAUAUUCCACGUUCUUGGUUGAAUCCAAGUGGAAAUUUUCUGGUUGUGUUUGAAGAAUGGGGUGGUGAUCCAACUGGAAUUUCUUUGGUCAAGAGAACCACAAGAAGUGUUUGUGCUGAUAUUUAUGAAGGGCAGCCAUCAUUACAAAAUUGGCGUUCGCCAUCCUCUAGCAAAGUCAAUAAACUCAAAGCCCAUUUAUGGUGUCCUGGAGGGCAGAAAAUAUCUCAAAUAAAGUUUGCUAGCUAUGGAUUGCCAGAGGGGACUUGUGGAAGCUUUCGUGAGGGAAGCUGUCAUGCACACAAGUCCUACAAUGCUUUUCAGAAGAAAUGCGUUGGCCAGCAUUCUUGUUCAGUAAGUGUAGCUCCUCAAGUUUUUGGAGGAGAUCCGUGUCCAACUAGCACGAAAAAGCUAUCCGUUGAGGCUCUGUGCAGCUGAAACACCAAUAGAUCCAUUCAUAUAACAAAUGAAGUCUCUGGUUAAGAUCAUCUUCAGUACAUAUUUAGCUUUUCAAGAGUCUUUCUGAGGCUGCAUCAAGCUUAUACAAGCCAUAUCGCGAAGCUGAUAUGGUUUAAAUUCUGUUAAAGGGCAAUAAUAAAGUACGAUAGGUGCUACAAAGUUUGGGGAAAUCUGAAUAUGAAGAUGCUUUAUGCACAUAGGCAACCUAUCAUUUGUGUCAUACAGCUUCACAUUAUACAGUACUUUGAUUACCUUUAGCUUGCUGGAACCUGUUCGUGCAUGUAUGUUCCAGCAAAAAGCUAUUUCAUUGUCUUCACAUUGCAAAAAUAAGUUGAAGAAAAAAAUAAUAUUAAUAAAGAAUACUACUUGUU